UUGGCGCAUGCGCACUGCCCCGGUAGUGUGGCAACCAAGUAGACGUUAGCGGUGCAAAAGACGUGGCACAAAACUUUCGAUAUGGAUGUAUCCGCACUGGCAGCGUUGACUUUAUUACUGGGUGCACUGGUUAUCCUGGUUGCCAUCGCGGUGGGAAGACGGAAAGAAGAACUGAGAGAGGAAACGGAACAGGCGGCGGAGUUUGCCGCCGAAAGCAAUGUUGUGAAGGGCCCUGCGUCCAAGAAGCCGAAGCAGGAGAAGCAGCGCAGCCGUAAGGAGAAAGCCUCGCAGCAUAGUUUCAGCCAUCCGCUGUUGGCAGCCUCACUAAAGAGCCACAGCGGGAACGUGACGUGCCUUGAUUUCAGCAGUAACGGGAAGUACCUGGCGUCCUGUGCUGACGACCGCACCGUCCGGAUCUGGAGCACCAAAGACUUCCUGGAGCGAGAACACAAGUGUCUGAGGGCUAAUGUGGAGCUGGAUCACGCGACACUGGUUCGCUUCAGCCCGGACUCCAGGGCGUUUAUCACCUGGUUGGCUAAUGGAGACACUAUUCGAAUCUUCAAAAUGAUCAAAAAGGAGGACGGUUCUCUAAGCUUCAAAGCCGCUCCUGAGGACUUCCCACAGAAACACAAAGCCAGCAUCCUCAACAUUGGCAUUGCAGAGACAGGCAAGUUCAUCAUGAGCGCCUCCACUGACACCAGCAUCCACAUCUGGGACCUGAAAGGAGAGGUACUGGCCUCUAUCAACACUAACCAGAUUACCAAUUCUUAUGCUGCCGUCUCCCCGUGUGGCAGGUUUGUAGCGUCCUGUGGCUUCACUCCUGACGUGAAGGUCUGGGAGGUUUGCUUCGGGAAGGGAGGAGAGUUCAAAGAGGUGGCGCGAGCUUUUGACCUGAAGGGCCACUCUGCAGGAGUUCACGCAUUCGCCUUUUCCAAUGACUCUCACAAAAUGGUCACCGUCUCCAAAGACGGUACAUGGAAGCUGUGGAAUACAGAUGUGGAGUACAAAAAGCAGCAGGAUCCCUACCUCCUGAAGACAGUUCCCUGUGCAUCAUCUGAAGGGAGCCUGGUGGCCUUGUCUCCCGACGGCCGGGUGGUGGCCAUCAGUGACGGCUCUAACGUGGCUUUGUACAACGCUGCCAGUGGCCAGCUGGAGGAGGAGCUACAUGGUGUCCACAGCGAGGAGAUCACCGACCUUAGAUUUGACAUUAGUGGGCGCUUCUUGGCGUGCAGUGGUGACAAGGCCAUCCGAGUGUUUCACAACGCCCCGGGCUACCGAGCAGCCAUCAGGGACAUGCAGGACAUGCUGAAGAAGGCCCAGAAUGAGGCCAUGAAGCAGAGACUGCAGCAGCAGAUUAAAGAGGCUCAGAGCGCCCUGGACACCGUACUGGCUGCUCCUGUCGACUGAACGAGCCUCAACCGAGAAGCCAUGCUCUGAUUAUGUCUCACUCUGACUGAUGAUCUCUUUUGCAACGUCAACUCUUUCUCUGCCACUGAAUGACCUGGUCCAGGAUUAAUGGAAUUUGCAUGUGGUUUUAAUAAAGAAUAUCUUUUUAUGGAAAGGUUAAA